AAGUGAAAUGAAGGAAAAAAUUUAGAAGUACUUUUUUUCAAGUUUUGGCAAAACAUUUCAAAAUGAGAACGUUGUAUAUAAUGUGUACGGUCGUGACCGUUUUGCAGAUUUUAGAUUUUUCUAUCAACGGAGUGUCAGCUGCAGAGGGAAUGGUCAAUGAAGAACGAACUAUACGAAAAAGGAUUAUAACAGAAACAUCAAACGACGAAACGCAAUCGGGAGUGAAGCCCCGAGCUUUGGGUGAUAAUCCAAAGAAAAAGAAAAAGUCAGUUACAUCACCACCGUCGGAAGAAGAAAAAGAAAAUGAGAACGAAAACAGACAAGAUUCACAACAGCAGCCGACCAAUCCCACGGAUGCUUUUAGAAAUCUAGGCAAAACUACAGUGGAAGAAUUCAAAAACCGAGGAACAGACAUAGUGAACGGAUCAACUGGCAUGGUGAAAAUGAUGAGUAGAAAGACGAAGGCGAUAGGAGACUUAAUGGGGAAGCAGAUGAGGAACGUGGAGGAUGUGACCAUCGAUGGUAUCCGCAUGGUUUCGGAUGCUGGAGACGGCUUGACGAGGGGGACGAGACAUGUGAUGAACAGCACCAAGGAACUCGCUAAAGAGGGAGGGAGUCAGGCAUAUGAAGGGUUGAGGGCGAUAACGGGCUUGACGAAGAGCACGACGAAAAUGGCCGGCACCGCGAUAAAUUCACCCAUGUCUAUGGCCGGUGACUGGAUCGGUGUGGGCAGAAAUGCGUUCGCCAUACCGAUGAGAUUUUCCAGGACCGCUUCCACACAGAUAAAUAAGAGACUGUUUGGAGACAACGAAAACCAGGACGACGACAAACAAGAAAAUAAGGAAGAGGAAAAUGAGGAAGAGGAAAAACCAAAACCAAAAACUAAGAGAACUAAUAAAAAAUAAUGCAAAAUAUUAAGAAUAUAAAGU